AUGGAUUUCGACGAAGACACUCUGUUUGUGGGGAACAUCCCCAGCAGCUUUAGCAACGAGCUGCUUAUGGAAAUACUAAACAUUUUCGGCGAGGUUAGGGAGUUUAGGCGCGGCAGGAGCUUAGAGGGGGCUGAUUCUCCAUGGGCGAUCGUGAAUUACCACGAGCCUGCAUCUGCCAACCGCCUCUAUGGCGUCCUGCUAAACAGAGCUCUCGGGCAAAGCAGAGUAACCAUUCUUCCUGCGAGAAAGGGAUUUGAAAGAUGGGAAAACUCAGGCGAUGUGCUCAAGAAGAUCGAAGACAUUAACAGGAAAUACCGUGAGGAGCUCGAGAGAGAAGAUCUUUUAGACAGAUUCAUUUCCAGUUACAACCUACUGUAUGGCAAGGCAGGAGACGACAGGGUAUUCUCCUUCACACUGAAGAAGUGGCUGAAGGAGGAGGCGGAAAUACGCAAAAGAUGCAGGAAAGCCGAGCAUGAUUUUGAGAAGAGCACAGAAAGGAGGAGGCAGGAAGAGUACGACUACCUAUCGAACUAUGACGAUGACAGGUCGAAUGAUCUAUUUUAUCUUGACAGGACCUCUUGGAUAUCUGAAAGAAACAAAGACAAUGUUAAAUAG